UACACAAAACGGUAUUAAAAUUAAAUUACAUUUCAUAACAAUUACUAGUGCGUUUAGUGUCAAUUAAAAUAUUAAAGAAAUAGAAAAAUUUUAAGAAAUGAUUACCUUAUGGAAUUUACUAGAAGCUUCCGUUUUAUGCCUAAAUGCAAUUUGUGUACUUCAUGAAGAAAGAUUUUUAUCAAAAAUUGGUUGGAGCAGCACUAAUCAUGUACAACAUGGAUUUGGUGAACCGCCAACUAUAAAUUCACAAAUUACAAAUUUAAUUAGAUCAAUACGUACAGUUAUGAGAAUUCCACUGAUUUUUGUGAAUGUAAUACUAAUAUUAAUAAAACUGGUUCUUGGAUAGCAUCGGAU